UUGAUUGAUUGAUUGAUUGAUUUAGUCCUACUCGGUUUCAGCCGCGUUUUCACCGCAGCUAUGCCCGGCAUGGCUGGCGUAGCCAACAGCCGACGCCGCGCAGACGUUAAUCCGCGCCGCCCCACGUCACUCCCUUAUGGGAGCCAGCUGUUCCUAGAGGCCUGCCGUUUCCCCUCCACCACUAUCUACAAUCUGGCUGCCACCUCAUCUAGAUAAUGGCUCUACUAACAGUAUGCUGUGCUUAUAGGUUCGUAGAGGCGUGCUGCCUCAUGUUUUGCGGCCGCGAUACCUACAGUCUCCCCCCAGCGCUCGGCUGUCGUCUACGCGUCUUCGAUCCCAACAUGCCCAAGGAUCUGCGCUUGUUCUACAAACUGGAUGGCUUUGGUGGCUAGCUGUGGCUUACUUAGGAUAGCCCGGAGGUUGUUUCGUCCACGGAGGUUGCCGAAUACCUGGUUCCGGAGGUCCUUAAGCGUCCUGCAGUGGAGCAGGAUGUGGGCGACAGUCUGUCGCCUCUCCCCGCACUGGCAGCGGGGGCUGGUAACCCCUGGCACUCUUUGGGUGAAGAGAAAGUCGCACAGGCCUAUCUUCUCGGUGCGCAGCUGCACUAGCAGCGCGCUCUGUCGUUUAGUAAGGCCUUCGUGGAUCUGAAGU